AUGGUUCUCGAGUACCAUUACCAGGGCAUGAACGGAGAAACAACCCCAAAAAACAUCGAGAGGGUGAUUGUUGAUUCGGUGAAGAAAAUUGGCGAAGAGGCUUUCGCUCAAUGCUAUUCACUACAAAGACUGAGGAUCUCCUCUCGUCUAAACAAGAUAGGCCAGGGUAGCUUCGAGGAGUGCUAUGGUUUGGUGGAGGCUGAUUUGUUGGCAACGUCCGUCAGGGAGAUUCCACAUGGUGCCUUUCUUUGCUGUAUAUCCCUGCAGGCUGUGAGCUUACCGAAGCCAAUAGUGCGUUUGUGUGCUACUUCAUUUUAUGGCUGCGAAUCGUUGGUAUCAGUGAUAGUGCCCCAAGAUUGCAAUCCGAUUCGGAUCGGACACGUCUCUUUCGGUCGCUGCAGUGAUCUCGUAAACAUGGUUCUUCCGCCGGGGUCGACAGCCAAAUAUGACUCCUUUGAAGGAUGCACACUGUUGGAAGAUCGCUUUGGCAGAGAGCAAGAUAAUAUUCUUUACGGAUUGGAGGACCGCUUCGACUACGAUCCUGUCCACAUGUUUUGUUACGACCGAUCCGGUAUCAACAUAACCCUGGAAGAACUUGGCCAAAGUAUCGAGACGAGAAUAAGCGGGGGAUCAAGGCUGGUGGAUGACUUUGGAAUGACUCCAUUCCACAUCCUCUUUUCGACCAUCGACCCAUGUAUGCAACUGCUCGAGGUCCUUCUAGACAAGUUACCAUACUAUGUUCUCGGCCGGAAAGACGCCAAUGACAAACUAGCCCUAGAAUAUCUAGUGACAAACUGGACUAGGGGGAACAGGGUAUUGUUGCAAAUGAGCCUCCACCAGUGGAUGCUUUCUAGAUUGGAUCGCUGGCAUUCGAAAAGCUGGAGGACACGAACAAUUCCCCUUGUGAAUGAUCUGCUUGCUGAAGAUGACAAGGAACUUAGGAUGUCUUAUUUUUCCAAGGCAUGCUCCGUUUUGAAGCAGUGCGAAAAUGUGGAAUCCCUUUCGAUAUUGGAAAUGGCCUUGUGGAAAGUGCGACUCAGGCAUGGGUGGAGCAGAGAUGGAACCAGGCGGCGUGCGUUAGACCGACAAAAAUCCCGGUGCUUCUGUGGAGCCCACAUUGUAAUUCCGAAUGUAUUGCUGUUCUUGCGGGGAUGGUCAAAUUGA